AUGACGACCCCUUACAUCCCCGGCCGCCUCGACGGCAAGGUCGCCCUGGUGACUGGUUCCGGGCGUGGAAUCGGCGCGGCCAUCGCGGUGCACCUCGGCCGACUAGGCGCCAAAGUAGUCGUCAACUACGCCAACUCGGCCGAGCACGCCGAGAAGGUGGUGGCGGAGAUCAAGAGCCUGGGCACCGACGCCGUGGCAUUCAAGGCCGACAUCCGGCAGGUGCCUCAAACGGCCAAGCUCUUCGACGACGCGGUGGCGCACUUCGGGCGGCUGGACAUCGCGGUCAGCAACUCGGGCGUGGUCAGCUUCGGGCACCUCAAGGACGUGACCGAGGACGAGUUCGACCGCGUCUUCAGCCUGAACACGCGCGGCCAGUUCUUCGUCGCGCGCGAGGCCUACCGCGUGCUCGCCGAGGGCGGCCGCAUCAUCAUGACGUCGUCCAACACGUCGCGCGACUUCAGCGUGCCGGCCCACUCGCUCUACUCGGGCUCCAAGGGCGCCAUCGACUCCUUCGUGCGCAUCCUGUCCAAGGACUGCGGCGACAAGAAGAUCACCGUCAACGCCGUCGCCCCCGGCGGCACCGUCACCGACAUGUUCCACGCCGUCUCCCAGCACUACAUCCCCGGCGGUGAGAAGUACACCCCCGAGGAGCGCCAGGCCAUGGCCGCCCAUGCCUCUCCGCUGCACCGCAACGGCUUCCCUGAGGAUAUCGCCCGCGUGGUGGGAUUCCUCGCCAGCAAGGAGGGUGAGUGGGUGAACGGCAAGGUUUUGACGUUGGAUGGCGGUGCGGCGUGA